CUUUCUCUCUCUCUCUCUCUCUCUCUUUCUCUCUCUCUUCCACACACACAACCACGCUAGUACACCCGCUGUAGUUCGGUGCUGGAUCAGCUAGUAUUCGCAGUUAGUGUCCAAACACUCGCGUCUCCCCGGUCGGUUUCCAGGGCUCUCCAGGGUUUGGGAACAAACACCUCCAAUUGGCCAUCCCCGUCACAUGAUGCCCUAGAACCUCACCUCUCCUCUUGCCUUCUUUUUCUUUGUCGCCAUCCUCUCUUCCUCCUCCACUCCCUCUUCCUCUUCAUCUUUUUCUACCUCUCGUUCUCUUGCUGCACUUUCAUCGUACCAUACCAUACCGUAUUACAUAUCGCAGAAAAAAUCCCUUCCUCCUCCUCCAAGUGCAAACAUGUCUCACCAACGAUCAAAGUCUACGUCCUCCUUGGGUAUCAACAGCCCCCCCACCACACCCGCCGCGAUCUCUAUUCCCAGGCAGCGAUCCAUGUCAACCUCCCUGGGCAUGGCGACCUCCCCUAUCGCCUUCUCUGGCACAAGCUAUGUCUUCAACAACCCAAUGGGCUCGCCUUCCUCCACCGUGGCCUCGGCUUCUUCCUCUGGACCGGGCUCCGGCACCACUCCCCCGACGAACCUCUCCAAUAACAUCCCUUCUCAGCUCAACAGACGCUUCUCUGCCAGUUUCACUAACCCAUUGAAUGUGGUCAAUGCACAUCACCCAACUGAAGAACGACGCCGCAGAUCGAGCCUCUUCGGGAGCUCGCCCCCAGUCUCGCGCUCUGAUCAUCAUUCAUCAGACCAUUCAAAUUCAACCAGCAGUACCGGCAUUAGUAGUGGUAUUGGAGAGCUCUUCCGCAAAUUCUCAACCAGCGGUCGAUCUGGGGCUGGUGCUGCUGCUGCUGCUCAGCAUCCCAUGGAUACAAACGAAUCCGGCCCUCCAGCCCGACACUUUGGCAGUGGCCCUCUUUCGAAUGCUCCCGAGAGCAACACCGGACACCCAUUUGAACAGCAUCCCCAUCUCCGUUCAGUCGAAGCUUUGGAGCCAUCGCAACAGGAUAAGAACUCGCGACCGAGCACUCCUAUGGGGAACAUGAUCCUCAAUGGCCAAAUGCUCGAUUAAACUUUGCUGUGCACAUUCACCGUUUUUCACACAACAAGAUUGACGAUAAGAGCUGCAAAACAGAUAGCAAACGAUAGCCGACGGCCUCUUACUCUCAUUUGUCGACAAUGGUGGCGCAUCUUUUACCGUUUUUUUUUUCUUGCGAAUAAGUGCACCAUACCAUGGAUACCAUGUCUUUGUGAAAAGUAAUUGAAAAGAA